AGUAAGAAGCUAUCGUAGAGGAGCAGGGGAGAGCGAAACAGACUGGCAGAGACAGCAGAGAUCCUCACAACAGCUGAACGAACCCUAAGCGCUUUUGUUAUGGCUCGUGCGGUGCCAUGACUCGCUUGAAGUCGCAUUAGGUCGUACCGCGGUUACUUCUCGCGCACAGACGGAAACAGGAGAGCGACGAGCGCGUGCCCGAGACCCUGAAGCCGGAUGGCAGCGUCGCCUGAGUCAAACAUGGCAGAUUUCGACGCGAUCUACGAAGAGGACGACGAAGACCUGAGGGCCAACGAAGACUCGUUGGUGAGCCUCGUACCCGAACCGGUGGUCAUACGAGGCGCCGGAAACAUGACAGUGUUUGGCCUGAGCAAUAAAUUCGACACGGAAUUCCCACCAACGCUAUCUGCUAAGGUGGCUCCAGAAGAAUUCAAAGCUACCAUUGUGCGCAUCAACAGCGUCCUGCGCAAGACUCUACCCGUGAACGUCAAGUGGCUUUUCUGCGGCUGCCUGUGUUGUUGCUGUACCCUCGGAUGCUCGCUCUGGCCCGUCGUCUGCUUGAGCAAACGGACGCGGCAUUCGAUAGAGAAAGUCCUGGACUGGGAAAAUAGUCACCUUUACCACAAGCUCGGUCUACAUUGGAAGCUUGGAAAGCAGCGGUGCGAUUCCAACAGCAUGAUGGAAUACGUGCUGCUCAUCGAAUUCAUCCCCAAGUUGGCCAUCCAUCGGCCCGACUAAAGGCCGAAGAGCCAGUCCCCCUUUCUCAAGUGUUGCCGUGGCGCUCGGACCAAUGAGGCGGCAAGAGGGCUCUCGAGGACGACAAGAGCGCAGCGAAUCUCUGUCACGGCGUAGCGAAGACGGCCCCGCCCUGAGCAUUUGCUGCGUCUCUUUGGAGACCGUCUUACAGACAAGAAAAUGGCGCAAGCCAAGAGUUCUUAGCCAACACCACAAAACUACUGUACCAAGUGCAAACGCAAGAGAUCUGAUGUGUCGCUUAAAAGAAAUGAGUGAGCGGAGAUAGGUCGCAAACAAAAAACAGCAGAGAAUUGCACAGGUGCCUUUAAUUUACAGUGUUAAAAGUCUAAGUACGUAGGACGCGCUUAGACUUAACAAACUGGAGUUUGCUGGAAGAAGCGUCCCAGACCUGUUGCUUGUUCGAUGCUAUCAAUCCUUUUCAGAUGUCAGCAGUUGCAAGCUGUCCGAGCGUAAACUCUGAAGCAGUAGGAAUAAAGUUGUUAGCAAGCGCUCCGAUCUAAAAUACGCAAAUGUUGUUGACAAGGGUGCUCGUAAAAUGAGCGUCAUCAACUCCGUAACGACUGCACCUGGCAUUUGAGACUGCUUCCUCGUCGUCUGCCGACAAAGUUUACAACUUUAUGGCGCGCCAUUGAUCAUGGGGUUGGAUUCUGUUGGCUAAACCCUUUUAACCGGGCAAUCAGUUUCAGAAACGUUUGGAAAGGGUCCACACAUCAAAACUUGACAUUGUGUGUCUCGGAGCUUUGCAAAUCGGCGCCAAUUGUUCGCUUUUCACAAAUACGAGCCAACUGUAAGAGAAGGAUGCCAUGAAGAGUGUGUUUGAAAACCUCCAGUAUUGUACAUUUUCCUUGUUCUUGCGACGCAUCGGAAGUCCCUAGCCAGGAAAUUUUUUCUUCCCCCUUUUUUUUUUUGUGUUUUUCUUGCAGAGAGAAAGGCAAUGCAAUAUGAAUGGUGAACUUUGAGAGGCCAUGGAUGACAGUCGUUUUGUGAUAGAGGGUGGGCAUGUAUUUCUUUACCAACGGGGAAAUGGUGAUUUCAGUUUUGCGAUACCGAGAGCAUGUAGCUGGCCAUGGCAAUGUUCCGAGCGAUUCUUAUUGUCUGUUUUCUGAGAUGUCUCGACAUCCCAAUGUUUUGUUGUGGUUGUGCACUUGUUUCAAAGAGUAUUUUCUUUCAGAGUUUCCGCCUCAUCUCGACUAUUGUUUAUUGUACAAACCUUCUUUUUGUGUAUCAUACACGUGCCAUGACAUAAGGAAACUCAAUGCACGACACUAUGAGAAAAAAAUGUACUGCGGUGGCCACACAAUUUCGCUGCACACCUUCGUCGAGAUUUCUAUUUUUUCUGCGCCGACGCUCGAAAGAAAACUUCAAGAUGGCGGGAGGCUAGUGCCCCCAACGGCGGACAAGUAUUCUCGGAAUUAUAAAUAGCAAACUAGGUUCAGACGUUUUAUUACUCUACUCUUACUGCUAACGAAAGCAACCUUGUAAACCAAUGUUGCACAGCGAGUACAGUAUCGUGUCAAGUGACAGUAGGCACUUGGUAGUUGUUUGAAGUGUGCCACAUAUGGCAUUUGGCAAAGCACCGUGCGAGAGCUUAGGAAGCCUGUAGCCGCUACCAGUUGACGAAUGCAAACUGAGCUUGAAUUACUACAUUGCCUUCAGGUGCCCUUAGUAAGAAAAAGCAAAAUAGAAACGUGCUCUCCCUUCAAACUUACUUCGUCGGCCAUUAAAUAUAGUUUUUUUUUCUUUUUUUUUUAGGGAGCCAUGUAUUAUACAUGUAAAUACGGUUGAAAAGUGCAUACAUUGUUCUUGUUCGGUUAGGCAGGUAGCCUUUGUGAUGACAGUACUUGGAGGCGCAUAUACAUUAUUCUUGUAACCCGAGGCACCUGUACAAAAUGUUAAAACUUUUUUUUUUAUUUUGUUCUGAAUUAUUGGCAUAUUUAUUGUUGCUACGAUCUCUCGCAUCCUGACCUAUGCAUAUCACAAAAAGUAAAAGAAAUGAGUGCACGGAAUUAAUGGCAGCGCAACGUUGUGUACCUCUGAAGUGUGUGACAUUAAAAGGAAAACUUGUACUUACAAACAUUGCAUUCCACAGAA